AUUAAAGGCUUAUUAUUACUGGGCUUUGGGCUUGUUUCAGGGGCUUUAUUGACUUUUCAAUGUGUAGAAUCAAUAAACCCUAAUUAAUCUUCUUCUUCUUCAUCAAUUGGCUCUCAUUUUCAGUUGAGAUUUCAAAACGCAACCUUUGCCUCCAUUAAAUCCCCCUCUCCCGCUUUCAUCUCCAAUCCGCCGGAAACUAGAGAGAUCCAUUUCGAUACCGCUUAGAAACGAAGAACCAAGUCGCCAUGGAUCAUUCAGUUAAAACCCCACCUGUUCUAUCCGUAAAGAUGUGGCCACCAAGCAAGAGCACACGCCUCAUGCUCGUCGACCGCAUGACCAAGAACAUCACCACCCCUUCCAUCUUCUCCCGAAAGUACGGUCUCUUGAGCCUCCAAGAAGCUGAGGAGGACGCCAAGCGCAUUGAAGAACUUGCUUUCGCCACCGCCAACAAACACUUCCAGAGCGAGCCUGACGCUGAUGGCACCUCUGCUGUCCACGUCUACGCCAAAGAGUCCAGCAAGCUUAUGCUCGAAGUCAUCAAACGUGGUCCGCAACAGGUUGAUUCCGAGGCCGAGGGGAACGUCGAUGGGGACACCUUGUUUGAUUUAUCUGGUGGACGUAGAGCCUUCAUUGAUCUAGAGGAGGCGCGCGAGCUUCUGAGGCCUCUCGCUGAGCCGAACAACUCCUUCACCAAGAUCCGUUUCAGCAACAGGAGCUUCGGCUCCGAGGCUGCUAAAUUCGCUGUAGGCGUCUUGUCUUCCGUCAAGGACCAGCUGACCGAAGUGGAUCUCUCGGACUUCGUCGCGGGGAGACCGGAGGCGGAAGCCCUCGAAGUCAUGACCAUGUUUUCGUCCGCCUUGGAGGGCUCUAACCUCAGGUCUUUGAAUCUUUCCGACAACGCCUUGGGAGAGAAAGGCAUCCGUGCGUUUGCCUCUCUCAUCAAGUCUCAGCGUGGCUUGGAGGAGCUUUACCUCAUGAACGACGGCAUUUCGGAGGAUGCUGCGAGAGCGGUCCGCGAGCUGCUUCCAUCUACUGGCGAGAUCAGGGUUCUUCAGUUUCAUAACAACAUGACUGGAGACGAAGGAGCCAUCGCCAUUGCGGAGAUUGUGAAGCAGUGUCCGUCUCUGGAGGAUUUCAGGUGUUCGUCCACGAGGAUUGGCUCUGACGGAGGUGUUGCGCUUGCUGAAGCGCUUGCGUCAUGUAGCCGCUUGAAGAAACUUGAUCUCCGUGACAACAUGUUUGGAGUUGAAGGUGGGGUUGCCCUGGCAGAGACCUUGUCAGUGUUGAGUGAGUUGACUGAGAUCUAUAUGAGUUACCUGAACUUGGAGGAUGAGGGAGCAGAGGCGCUUUCCGAAGCUCUGGUUAAGUCUGCUCCUCGUCUUGAAGUUAUAGAGUUGGCUGGGAAUGAUGUUACUGUAAAAGCCGCUGGGAAACUGGCGGAAUGCAUCGCGUCCAAAGAGUCUCUUUCGAAGCUGAAUCUGUCUGAGAAUGAACUCAAAGACGAAGGGACUAUCUUAAUCGCAAAGGCGCUUGAAGAAGGUCAUGACCAGUUGACUGAAGUUGAUCUGAGCACCAACAUGAUGAGGAGAGCUGGGGCGAGGGCCUUGGCGCAAACUGUUUUGAAGAAACCUACUUUGAAGCUUUUGAACAUCAACGGAAACUUCAUAUCUGAGGAAGGUGUGGACGAGGUGAGUGACAUGUUUAAGGACUCACCGGACAAGCUUGGUCCUCUGGAUGAUAAUGACCCGGAAGGAGAAGAUUUUGAAGAUGAAGACGAAGAAGAGGAAGGCGAAGAAGAGAGUGAACUGGAAGCAAAGCUUGGAGGUCUGAAAAUCAAGCAAGAGGAGGAAUAGGGAGAGGUGGCAUGACGUGAUGCUCUUGUUGCUAUGUAGUUUAGGUUCAGUUUUAUCUCUCUUUCGCUCUUUAUGGUAAACGUAUUUUUAGUCAUGCAAGGAGGAUCUAAGAGUGUUUUUCUGAUGAUCUAUUUCCUUAACAUGAAAUUGAUCAUCUUCCAAGGAAAACUAGAAUUGUUGUUGUUGGUCUC